UUCCUCGACGUCGGCGGCUCCCGCAUCUCACGUAACAGACGUCCUUCACUUGGACUGAGCGCUGAAGCCACGCCAGGGCGCCGAUCCACGGAAGUUUUUGAUCUUUACAUUUUUGCCUUUGGUUCGUCACGCAUUUGCUUUUUGAAUGACAUCGUCAGAUGUGGUGCUGGCUGGCGGCGGUGCUGGCGGUCGGGACUUCCCUUGUGGCGGUGUGAGUUCGCGCGGCCUCAUGGGGGACAUCCUUAAGUCGGCGGGAGCGUGUAAGGUGUUCCAGUGCCCGAUGUGUCCGUAUAAGGCUUCCAGGAAGGACCUGCUGGAAGGGCACGUCCGGACGCACACAGGUGACAAGCCCUUCUCGUGCCCCCAUUGCUCCUACCAGUCCGCCGACCGCAGCAACCUCAGGAGGCACCGUCUCAAGUGCCACGAGGGCCCCGCGCGCAGCCAGGAGCGGCACUCGGCGUGGCCACAGUGGCACCUUGGCCAGUGACGGUCGUCCCGCUGCUGUCCGAUACUAAGCCCUUCCGUUGGCCAGGCGGUUGGUGGCCGCCCAGCUCCGGGAAGUUGACGUUUGUGCUCAUGUCUCCGCUAGUCAUGAGGAAAAAAAAAAAACAAACGGGGAGGAAAAUAUAGAUAAAAAAAAAGUAUAUAAGCAAUAUGUACACAUAAUCAUCCCAGUGUCCUCAAGAGAGAGACCUACAGCCCACUCGACGGUUAUACAUAUGCGCAAUAUGUACUUAAUAAAUUUCUUCACGA